AUGAGUAAAAUUAGGGGCCUCCCUCCUGCGAUCAGGGACCCAGGCCCUGGAGUGGAACUUGGAGUAGAAGAUGGCCUUCUUUGUCAACUGAUUCAUUCUCCAGAAUUCAACUUGUUCUCUGACUCAGUGGUGUUUGAGAGCACCUUUAUCCAGGUCACUAAACAAGGAACCUGGAUGGAUGCCUAUGAAAGAUCUGCCACUAUGAUCCUUGGAGUAACCUCUUCCGUACCCUCGUUACCACUCCCCAAUAUCCUCCUGAUGGCCAAUGUCACCUGGCCUCAAGGUCCGAUUUCCACCUGUAGCACACUUGGUGCCCCUGUCAUCACCCUCAGCAGGAUUCUUCCCCUGAAGUAUGUGGAGCUACAAAUCUACGAUCAGGCCCAGCGCAUCCUUCGGGUUAGGACAGUGACUGAGAAGAUCUACUACCUGAGGCUCCACGAGAAACAUCCACAGGCUGUGUUUCAGUUCUGGAUCCGCUUGGUGAAAAUUUUACAGAGAGGUCUGUCUAUCACCACCAAAGACCCAAGGAUCCAGUUCACUCACUGCCUGGUGCCCAAGAUACCCAACUCCUCCACUGAAAUAACACCUGAAAGCAGCCUGCCGGCAUCCUCCCAGAACAGCGAGACCAUAAUGCUGCUAACAGCAGAGCGGGACAGCAGAAGUCUCUUAGAACUCCCAAACAAACACCAGCUCUCCAGAGACAGACACACUGAUACUGCCACAAAAAAAGACAACUCCGGCAAGCGCGAGACAGCCCAGCUCGAGGCAUCUUCGAUUAGUAUGCCCAUGAGAGCCACUUUGAGCCACAGUCUUUGGGAACAACAGGACUCAAGUGAGAACUUACUGCAGGCUCCUGUAGCCAGCUCCCUAGGAGAGAACCUUUUGGGACCCUAA